AUGGAGCGGGCGGAUGAGGAGUGCCUUCAAACGCUACAAGCUACUGAAGAUUGCUAUUGGGGAGGAGAAGAUGCCGGAAGAAGGCGAAGCUCGUGAACGGUGGAUUGAGAAAAGCGCGGUGCUUUUCGAUCUCAUCCUUCAAUCGGUCAACAAGGAGAUGUUCGAGCACAUCAAGGAUCUUGUGGAAGCCGAUGAUUCGGGUCCAAGGGCGUGGAAACUACUACGCGAUGUGAUUCAGCCCAACACUCUCCCGAUGGUGAUCGUGCUCGAGAAGGAACUUGCUGCCAUCUCCAUGCGACCAGGGGACGAUGUGAAGCCGGUCCUUGACAAGAUCAAGGACACCUAUGCAAGGAUGGCAGCAGCGGGCAGCAGUGUAUCUCAGCUGCAGCAAUGCACCAAGAUCAUCUCGGUGUUGGACAACUCUUGGGACAACCUCAUCCCCACCCUCAACUCUCAGCAAGAUCAAUGGACACCUGAGUGGCUAAGGCAGCAGAUUCUGCAGGAGGACUUCCGCAGACGCCAUAGGAAGUACUGUGAGGGGCUGGCUGAGAAGUAUGGGCUGCAAGAUGGGGGAAAGCCAGCAACACCACUACCUUCGGGGUUCACUGUGGAGCCAUGUGCUGAUGAGGAGGUAGUGGGUGAGAGUGACAGGAAGCUGUUUCAUUCGAUGGUUGGUGGAGUGAGGCAGCGGUUGCAGAGAGGUGCUGUAGAUGUGAAGAGUGGUGAGAUGCUCUUGAGUUGCUAUACUGACGCUAGCUUCAACUCAGUGAAAGCGGAUGGCACCAGCAUUGGGGGUUAUGUGUGCUUGCUAGGAGGUGGUGCUGUGAGCUGGCGCAGCAAGAAGCAGAAUGAACAGGCAGCGGAUAUUUUCACUAAGCGACUGGCGGAGGCGGAUCAUUGGAAGGGCAUGAAGCUUGCUGGGAUGAGUGUGCAUUGAGUAUGCAUGCUUGAGAUGUUGGUAUGGUGGAUGAUGGUUGGCAGACAGAG